AUGGCUCCUCCUCCUCCCGCGACCUUGCCUCUGGGCGAGAGACUCAAGGCUUUGGCGCAGACCUUGCAGUUUGCUUGGUUUGUUGGACAUGUGACACUUUUGCUCUCCGUCCUCCGCUACGGCUUGUCCUGCAUUUUCUUUAACUACUACUCUUCCUCGGCACAAUUCGCGUAUCGUUUGACCUUUGUUUCCGCUGCGGUGACCUAUGGAAUCGUUGUGUACAAGGGCCACUUCGCCCGGGGUGUCCAGGGCAGCCCUCUGGCUAUCGUUGUGAAGCUCGUUUCCGAUGAGAAUGUGCAAUACCUUGGAAUGGCUCUGGUCUGGCUGUACUCCCGCCAGCUUAUCCUGGCUCUUCUGCCAUUCAGCGUCUACUCGGUCUUCCACGUCGCAACCUACAGCCGCAUGUACCUGAUCCCCACUCUGCAGCCGACUGCGCCCACCGCGACUCCGACCUCUCCCACCUCUCCCUCUUCCAAGCCUGCCGCUAAGCAGUCUCCCCUCGCCGAGACCAUCGGUCGCUUCAUCAAGCAGUACUACGAUGCCAGCAUGGGUGUUGUCGCUACUCUGGAGAUCGCACUGCUGGUCCGUCUCAUCCUUUCCGCCAUUACUUUCUCCAAGGGUAGCUGGGUUCUCCUGAUUGUCUACCUGUCCUUCUUCCGUGCCCGCUACGCCCAGAGCUCCUUCGUGCAGCAGGCUGUUCGCCAGCUCACUGCCCGUGCCGAUGCUUCUCUGUCCCACCAGAGCACACCUCCCCAGGUUCGCCAGGGUUGGGAGACCUUCAAGGGUAUUGUGCGUCAGGGUUACGAGGCCACUGAUAUCGGUCGCUACGUCGGUGGAUCUACUGCUGCCAAGAAGCCGCAGUAA